UCAAGCGGCUUCUUGUGGUCUCACAGUCUCAGCGGCCAAAGAACUCACUUGGACUCGCUCACACGCCAAGUGUUGGCCUCAAAUGUGGCGGACUCACACUUCAUAACCCCGACGAUGUUCGACGGCACGUUGAGGGUUCCACCGCCGGCUUUAGCGCACAGUGGAGCCGAGACAACAACUUUGUCCAACUUUGGCUGCUAACUGAAGCUAAGUAAUGCUAACUGAUGCUAACUGAAGCUAACCGAUGCUAACCGAUGCUAACCCCGCCAGCCGCACUUCUUAAGUGCCGUGAGGAAGUCUUCCUGACGCUGCCAACUGAAAGAAGCGCUCCUUUUUUCCGGUGGAGCGUCACUAAAAGUGGACUUUAAAAGAGGGAAAAGGCUGCUGGAAGUAGACGGGGCAGGUGCACCUUCCUCCUCCUCCCCGCGGCACCUGCUGCUCCUCGCUGUAGCUUGCUAGCGUUAGCAUCGCAGAAGUCAGGACUUAGUUUACUUUUGCACGUUUUGCCCUCCAACUGUUGUUUUUAACACUUUACAUCAGAUCUCGAGCAGACAGGGAGAAUUUGCAACUUUUCGGCUGCAGCAUUAUCCUCCCCAGGCGAGCGGAUAGACUUCCAGCCCAGAGGGACACUCCCCGCCUCGCAGAGGGACUUUGGCAGGCAGGGACUCCCAUUUCAAAGCCGACUUCUGCCAGGUAGGGACUCUCCUUUCAAAGCCGACUUUGGUCAGGCAGGGACUCCCCUUUCAAAGCCGACUUCGGUCAGGCAGGUGCUCCCCUUUCAAAGCCGACUUCUGCCAGGUAGGGACUCCCCUUUCAAAGCCGACUUUGGCCAGGCAGGGACUCCCCUUUCAAAGCCGACUUCUGCCAGGUAAAGACUCCCCUUUCAAAGCCGACUUCUGCCAGGUAGGGACUCUCCUUUCAAAGCCGACUUUGGUCAGGCAGGUGCUCCCCUUUCAAAGCCGACAUCUGAUACAACAACAUGCCUUUUCUAAAAGUCACUUUUUCGCUUUUGUGAUUGAACCCUAUGCUGUCACUACGGCCACCGAGCAAUGGAUGUCUCGCAGGCCGCUUUCCCAAACGGUGAAGGGCGGCCGGGCGGGGAGCAUGCCUGGACGGAUUGUCACUCGGCGCCGCUGUGCCCUACUCACUCCCUGUGGACGGCCGCCUACGACUACGAGGCCAGCGGCGAGGACGAGCUCAGUCUGCGCACCGGGGACGUGGUGGAGGUCCUGUCCAAGGACGCCGCCAUCUCCGGGGACGAGGGCUGGUGGACGGGGAAGAUCAACCACCGGGUCGGCAUCUUCCCCUCCAACUACGUCACCUUCCAGCCGGCCAUUUACCGCCUGCCCGUCGCCAGCGUGCGGGAGCGCAUCCCCAGCUCGCCCGUCCAGAUCCCCUUCAGCGAGCUGGUGCUGGAGGAGAUCAUCGGCGUCGGGGGCUUCGGCAAAGUCUACCGGGGCACGUGGAAGGAGCAGGAGGUGGCCGUGAAGGCGGCCCGGCAGGACCCGGACGAGGACAUCAUGGCCACGGCGGCCAGUGUCAAGCAGGAGGCCAAGCUCUUCUCCAUGCUGCAGCACCCCAACAUCAUCAAGCUGGAGGGCGUGUGCUUGGAGGAGCCCAACCUGUGCCUGGUCAUGGAGUACGCCCGAGGGGGCACGCUGAACCGGGUGUUGACCGGCAGGCGGAUACCCCCGCACAUCCUAGUCAACUGGGCCGUGCAGAUUGCCCGAGGGAUGCACUACCUGCACGAGGAGGCCGUGGUGCGCCUCAUCCACCGCGACCUCAAGUCCAGCAACAUUCUCUUACUUGAACACAUUGAGAACGACGACAUCGGCAGGAAGACCUUGAAGAUCACAGACUUCGGCCUGGCCAGGGAGUGGCACAGAACCACCAAAAUGUCUGCAGCGGGCACCUACUCCUGGAUGGCCCCUGAGGUCAUCAAGUCGUCUCUCUUCUCCAAAGGCAGUGAUGUCUGGGGAUAUGGAGUUCUGCUGUGGGAGCUGCUGACUGGAGAGGUGCCUUACCGAGGAAUAGACGGCCUGGCUGUUGCUUACGGCGUGGCGGUCAACAAGUUAACUCUACCCAUCCCCUCCACCUGCCCACAACCCUUCGCCAAGCUCAUGGAAGAGUGCUGGGACCAGGACCCCCACGUGCGGCCCUCCUUCUCCUGCAUCCUGGAGCAGCUGUCGGCCAUCGAGGAGGCGGUGAUGGCCACCAUGCCGCAGGACUCCUUCCACAUCAUGCAGGACGACUGGCGUGUGGAGAUCCAGGAGAUGUUUGAUGAGCUCAGGACCAAAGAGAAGGAGCUGCGUUCCAGGGAGGAGGAGCUGACCCGGGCCGCCCUGCAGCAGAAGUCCCAGGAGGAGGUGCUGAAGCGACGCGAGCAGCAGUUGGCGGAGCGUGAGAUCAACGUGUUGGAGAGAGAGCUCAACAUCCUCAUCUUCCACAUGAACAAGGACAAGCCCAACGUCAAGAAGAGGAAGGGCAAGUUCAAACGCUCCCGCCUCAAACUCAAGGAUGGAAACCGCAUCAGCUUACCCUCAGACUUCCAGCACAAGAUCACAGUGCAGGCCUCACCUUCCAUGGACAAGAGGCGGAGCCUUCACAGCACAAGCUCCUCCCCUCCCAGCAGUCCCACACUCAUCCCCCGCCUACGAGCUAUUCAGCUCACACAGGAUGAGAGCAAGCGUACGUGGGGUCGCAGCGCCCUCUUCAGGCCGGAGGAGUUUGAGGACGUGAGGAAGGGCAUCAAGAAGAAAGGGAGGACUUGGGGGCCCAGUUCUGUGCAGACCAAGGAGAGGCCGGCCGCCACUGAGAGAGUGCGUCCUCUCUCUGACGGCAGCAACCCCUGGUCUACUAGUCUGAUCAAGUCCCACAAGUCUGUCCCUCUGGCCGCACUCUUUGCUGAACAAGCAGGGGGCGGCAAGGAGGAGGAAGGUCCUGACAAACCAAAGCAGCUGAAGUUCCCCAACCAGGUCUACAUCCAUCUACCUCUGUGGCGGGACGAGCUCGCAGACGUCCCCACGUCUCCAGGCCAGACGGAGAGUUCUGACGAGCCCUACACCACCACCUCCACCUCCUCCGCCUCCACCACCCCCCAGCUCACCCCCACCAACAGCCUGAAGAGGGCGUCUGCGCGCCGCAAGACCGACUCGGUGUUGUACGUGUGCGGCUCGCUGCUGGCGUCCGUGGUGCUGGGCUGUGACGUCAGGGAGGCGCUGAAGAACGUGGAGGAUGGUGAGCCACCACGGGAGGAGAAGGAGAAGAAGCGCAAGGAGGGAUUGUUUCAGCGCGCCACCAGGUUCCGACGCAGCACCUCCCCGCCCGGUGCUCGCCCCCGCAAGGAGGAGGCCGCCCCUAGCCCCGCCCCCAACCUCAAUCUGGUCUCCAUGUCCGCCAUCGUGGAGAGUCAGUCCACCAGCUGUCUCCUGCAGUCCCAGGCUGAGACCUCGCAGUCCAAACCCCCCAAGAUGGAGCCCACGGCUUCUAGUCAACCCAGCCAGCUCCCAAGCCCCGCCCCCGGCGCCAACCAGCUGACCAACCACAACACAGGAACACGCCUGCGCAGGAAGAAAUACAGCAUCAACCACCACACUAACUCCGCCCCCAGCCUGCCUCCACCCAGCGUGCAGAAGAAGAAGCGGUGCAGCACACCUGGUCAGCAGGUGAAGUCUCACACCUGGGCUCUGCUGCGAGGACACAAGAGUUACUCCCUGGGUCACUACUCUGGAGACAAGGCGGCACAGAACCUCAAUGUGGUGUUGUCCUCCACCCAGGUGGGCGUGGCCUGCUCGCUACUGGACAUGGACGCUGAGGGCCAGAAGCACGACUGCACCGUGCCACUGUGUCGCAUUCAGAGCUCACCUGGGCGCGCCUCCGUCUUUCAGCUGGAGAAGAAGUUCCUCUCGUAGGUGCACCACCCACCUGAGGAAGUUCUUCAGGGUGCACCACCCAUCUGAGGGGGUUCUUCAGGGUGCACCACCCACCUCAGAAAGUUCUUCAGGGUGCACCACCCACCUGAGGAAGUUCUUCAAGGUGCACCACGCAUCUGAGGGGGUUCUUCAGGGUGCACCACCCACUUUAGGUAGUUCUUCAUGGUGCACCACCCAUCUGAAGAAGUUCUUCAAGGUGCACAGCGCAUCUGAGGGGGUUCUUCAGGGUGCACCAGCCUACUGAGGAAGUUCAAGGUGCACCACACAUCUGAGGAAGUUCAAGGUGCACCACACAUCUGAGGGGGUUCUUCAGGGUGCACCACCCACCUGAAGAAGUUCUUCAGGGUGCACCACCCAUCUGAGGGGGUUCUUCAGGGUGCACCACCCACCUGAAGAAGUUCUUCAGGGUGCACCACCCAUCUGAGGGGGUUCUUCAGAGUGCACCACCCACCUGAAGAAGUUCUUCAGGGUGCACCACCCACCUGAGGUGGUUCCACAAAGUCUUCCUUCUAGAACCUGAUGACGUGUUUGCACAAGGUGCUCACUGAGGCCUCCUAGCUGUCUCCUGGUGUCGGUGCAGCAAAUAUGAAAAGUACUUUUUGUGUAUUUGAUAUUUUUCUAGAGAGAAUUGAAGACAUUCCACAGGAAGGUCCACACCUUGGAGAUCACCUUUCUAAUGUGCUGUGAAUAUGCUGCUUCUGAUCUUUCCCACUGGAGAUGUGACACACCUGCAGCCUGAAGAAGGUUCUCCUAGUGGAGAUGUGACACACCUGCAGCCUGAAGAAUGUUCUCCUAGUGGAGAUGUGACACACCUGCAGCCUGAAGAAGGUUCUCCUAGUGGAGAUGUGACACACCUGCAGACUGAAGAAUGUUCUCCUAGUGGAGAUGUGACACACCUGCAGACUGAAGAAUGUUCUCCUAGUGGAGAUGUGACACACCUGCAGCCUGAAGAAGGUUCUCCUAGUGGAGAUGUGACACACCUGCAGCCUGAAGAAGGUUCUCCUAGUGGAGAUGUGACACACCUGCAGACUGAAGAAUGUUCUCCUAGUGGAGAUGUGACACACCUGCAGCCUGAAGAAGGUUCUCCUAGUGGAGAUGUGACACACCUGCAGCCUGAAGAAGUCCAACAAGUCAAGAAGGAAAAGAAUGACUUAGAUUUCAUUUUGAUGACUUUUCCCAACUGAACAAUCAUGUGACUGCAGCCAACAUGAUCACUGCAACCUGAUUGGUGCUUAGUUAACACACACACACACACACACACACACACACACACACACACACACACACACACACACACACACACACAGAGAGAGAGUGAAAUCCCAAACGUUGUAAAUAGAAGUUGUGUGUUUGGGAAAUGACACGGGUGUGAAAUGUCACACAGUCAUCACAGGAAGUGCCACAGCGGGACUGGAACCCGCGCAGCAACAUUAUGAAGCAAUACAAACAUUCCACACUGGA